AUUAGAAACUUUUGACUAAAUAAAAGAAUCAGCUUUAUCUUCGUAUGUGAUGAUCAACCACAACACGAUCUUUGGUUGUCACAAACACAACAACGUUGUUACGAGCGGCCGGACCUGUCUCCUUUACCCCGAAUUUAAAAUAUAUUCAUUUACCUUUUCCUAAUUUAUUCUCCCCUUUAAUAGACAGUUAAUCCUACACACCUGAGGUUUGAUGUUUAAUUAAUAAUAAUACGCUGGUGUAUAAUGUUGUAAACUGCCACCCGGAACUGAAACAGUUAGUUAAAUAUGUGCCCACAGAUCGUUAGUUCAGUUGUUUUAUUGGAAAAUUUAAACUUUUGGAAAUGUUACCAGCUUGGUAAUUGCAUUUGUGACGCGAAAAUGUUUGUAAAAAGCUACAAUGACCAACUAUAGCAAAGUUAACUCCUUCGUGGGGAAGCUAAUGACAAACAACUUCCUGUCAUAGCUUUCAAAAUAAAAUCACGGAUAUCCUAAAAUUAUUUUGUUACAGUGAUAAAAACUACCUCACCCAAUAACUCCACUCAAUUUCUUCCGAACCAGAAACUCACAAUCAAACAUGUUCAACACGGGUCCCUUAAAUGUGUGUAUUUAGAAGAUAAGAUAAACUUCACUGGGAGUUUAAUUACUACAGGGUACACUGUGUACUACAAUAGAUAAUAGUUUUUAAAGAAAUGUUUAAUAAGCUAAAGUCAUAAUAUUUUGCUCAUUUUAUUUUAGAAGCCAAGGCUCAAUUCCCAACCACACCAAACAGUCAGACCCCCAGAGGCCCCCAAAGUCCCAGGUUUACUCCGUAAUAUUUGCAUUUACAUAAUUUUGUUAAUCUGCCUCCGUGUUGUGGCCCCACUCAGGAUCAAAAUCUAGCUUUAUAGUGUCUAUUAUAUAGUUGGUCCAUGGAGUGUUGAUAUAUUGUGAAACUAUCUUUAAUCAAAUUGCCUAAAUGUUUCUGUAUCUAAGAUUAGUAUUAGGUCACAGUUGUGUUACUCUACUGUAGGUGAACUGUGAUGCUGCAACCUUGACUACUGGUUGUUUUUUGUUGGUUUUUUUUGUAUUUUGGUAAAUAAUGAAACUGCCAUGUAUAGUGGGGUCAAUAGGGGCCUACCAACAAAUCUUUGCCCCGGUGCCCGGUAGGCAUGAACGGAUUAUAAGACAAUGGUCCCCUGAGUACAGACAAGUUAAAUGUCCCCCAGCACUCUGUCAUGGUACUAAGACCCCCAGACUAAAAGCCAUUGUCAUUUCCUGUCUCUUGUAUUGCGUGUCUCUGUGUAAUUGUUGUGCAUCUUUUUGUGGUCAUGUUGAGUCUCUUUGUAGUUGUUUUGAGUAUUUUGUGGUCAUUUUGAGUCUCUUUGUUGUCAUUCAGAGUCUGUCUGAGGGUGUUUUGUGUCUCAUUGUAGUCGUUUUCCAUCUUAUUGAGUAUCUCUUCAUGGGUGCUUUUAGGGUUUUGUGGUUAUUUCGAGCCUUUGAGGUUGUUUUUUGUGUCUCUUUGUGGUCAUUUUGAGGUUAUGUGUCUCUUCAUGGGUGUUUUGAGUCUCUGAGUUUAUUUUGAGUUUUUUGUAGUUGUGAGUAUUUUGUUGUUAAUCUUAGUCUCUUUUUUUGCUUUUGUCUGCAGUAAAAUUGAGUCUCCUUGUAGUUUUAAGUAUUUUGUGUUUUGAGUCCUCCAGGAGGUUUAUCCCUCCAUUUUAUAGGUUGCAAAUAUUUUUGGUGUUUUUGCAUCUGUACAAGUAAACCACAACAAUACAAAUUUAGCUAGCUGAUUUUAUUUUGAAAGUCGUGUCGCUCAACAUCCGGCGUAGGCCUCGUGAAGCUUGUCCUCCUUCCAGUUUAUCCCGUCUGUGAUCCGUGUCUCUGGAUCUAUUGAGCAGCCUGGCCCGGGCCAACACGAAGCAGAGACGGGGGGUACGGUCUGCCUUCCGUGGCUGUCAGACACCUUGAAACGAUCGUUGUCUUUAAGCAGAGCUCCGGGGCAGCAUCAGCCGUUCGUCCGUUAAAUGUCCGUUGCCGUGUCCGCUCGCCUUGUGUGAGACGUUCGAGGACAAACGGGCGCCAGGCUGGUGGCGGAGUGAGGAGUACCGCAGCCUUGCGUCAAAGCCAGCUAAAGCUAAACCGUGUUAGGACAAGUCAGCAAGAAAGACGGGUAACAGCCACGUUACCUCGGUAGCUAGCCAGCCAGCAGACAGGUUAUUUUUGGCACGGUUGCUGGCGUACACAUGCUCCGCUUCAGUCGUGUGAGCUAGCCCACCAACACCUGUGCCAAAUCUGUCUGGUCUUGGCGGUUUUGUUAGAAAUACAGCUAAUCUGGACGCGGUGUCGGGGGUUUGUAUUUCCACUAAACCGCGUCAAGGUAAAGCUCGGAAAUAACGGUUUAUUGCGCAACGUCCCGCUGAAUUGAAGAGGGGGGCCCCCAUAGCUAACAUAUGAGGCCCAGCUGAAAAGAUGGACCUGAAUUUUUACUCGGAUUUAACGGACGGUACCGGGCAGCACGACGGUGAUCCGGAGUUCCUGGAUCCGCAGUCUUUCAACGGAUUUGACUCUGACAACAAGUUCCCAGGAGGCAGUGACAACUACCUGACAAUUUCAGGGUCCAGCCAUCCCUUCCUCUCCUCCUCAGAGUGUGCCACUAAACCCAUUGACCUCUUCAACCUCGCUGGAUCUGCUGGUGGAACCUUCCACACUCCCAGCCUCGGCGAUGAGGAGUUCGAGAUCCCUCCCAUCUCUUUGGACCCGGACUCGGCCCUCACCGUGUCGGAUGUGGUGUCCCAUUUCGGAGAGCUGUCGGACACCGGUCCCUCCGACAGCGUGGUGGUGCCAGGGAACGCGGUGGUCGAAGGGGACGACCCCUCCUUCGCGUCCACUUUCGUCAACGCGCCCUCGCAGGGACUGGAGCACCUGAGUCUCGGGGACAUGAACCAGUCGGGAGGGAGCUCUCUGCUGGGGUCGUCGCUGGGAAUGGAUCUCAGCCAUCCCAUCGGGUCUCAGUUCAGCAGCUCGUCUCCGGUGACCAUCGACGUCCCGCUGGGCGACAUGAGCCAGGGCUUGCUGGGGUCCAACCAGCUGACCGCUAUCGAUCAGUCCGAGCUCAGUGCUCAGCUGGGGCUCGGACUGGGAGGAGGCAACAUAUUACAACGCUCCCAGUCACCUGAACACCCUCUGUCGGCCACGGCGUCACCUACCAGCUCGCUCCAGGAUGACAACAUGGACGACGAUUUUAGGAGCGUCCUGGUCGAAUCUCCGGUCUCUCUGGCCGUCUCUCCCGGAGUCAUCUCCCUUGACCCCUCUCUGUCCGACUCCCCGCUCUCCGCCCCGACCUCCAGCGUCUCUCCUGCUGUGGGACGGAAAGGAGGAGCAGGAGGAGGAGGGAAAAGGCAGAAGCAGAAGCAGAGGAAAGACCCCAACAAGCCUCAGAAACCUGUGUCAGCCUACGCGUUGUUCUUCAGGGACACACAGGCCGCUAUCAAGGGACAAAACCCCAACGCUACGUUUGGAGAAGUUUCCAAGAUCGUGGCCUCCAUGUGGGACAGUCUGGGGGAGGAGCAGAAACAGGUUUACAAGAGGAAAAACGAAGCAGCAAAGAAGGAUUACCUGAAAGCACUGGCAGAGUACAGAGCCAGCCAGAUUUCUCAGUCCUCCUCUUUUCAGGCCCCCAUUGAAGUCAUGGACACUUCCCCGUCGCCUCCAUCUCCAGCCCCAGCUCCUGUAGUCACAACCACACCUGCCACCACCCCAGCCGCUCGCACCACCAGGUCCCACCAUUACAACCCAGAGGAGAACACCAUCACCAACAUCUGUACCUCCAACAUCAUCCUGGACCUGCCCCAGGUCACCACGCGCUCCCGCACCGGCGCCACCAAACCCCAACCUCCGCCUCCGGCCGCCGCCCCAAACCCCCCGACCGUCACCAAGAUCAUCAUCAAACAGACGCAGCUUCCCUCUGGCGGCGUAUCGGUGACGGCGACGCCAGCCUCCUCGCCGCGGCAGCCGCCUCCGCUGCAGCAGAUGCAGAGCACCCCUCCUCCACCUCGGCUUCAGCAGAUGGUGCACGCCCAGGCUCCUCCGCCUCUGCAGGCCAAGCCCCGGGGCGGAGACGGCUGCCUGCCACAGGCUCCUCCUCCGCUGCAGAUUAAAGUCGUCCCGUCGUCGCGCCAGUCAGAUUCGAGCACGCCGAUAAUUGUGACGUCGGCCGGCGAAACGCCUUCGUCUGUGUCCUCCUCCUCCGCUCUGACGGUGGAGGUGGGACAGUCGGCUGCUGUGGUGACGGGAGGAGAGGAAGUGGCAGAGGCAGAAGAAGGGAUGGAGGUGGAGGUGAAUGUCGCCCCCGGCCCGAGCGUGACCACCACCUCCAGUCCAAACAUUUGCGUUCGUGCCGGUUGCACCAACCCCGCUGUGGAGAGCAAAGACUGGGACAAGGAGUACUGUAGCAACGAGUGUGUCGCCACACACUGCAGGGACGUGUUCAUGGCCUGGUGUGCGAUCCGAGGGCAGAACUCCACCACGGUCACAUAGGGACAGGACACGUCUGGUGGAGGAGUUGCUGCACAGAGAGAAAGGACAAAGAUAAACACAUGAAAUGCAAAUGAACAGAGGAGUGAAUGAAUGAAUGGAUGGGUGGAUGGAUGAUAGCCAGAUCGGGCUCAGGUAUCGGCACAUAAUGGUCCCUUUUAUCAUGUCUUGUCAGAUGGGCAGUCAGAGGGAAAGUAUAAAAAGAAAUGUUAUAAUAUACUUUCCUGUGGCGCUGUCAUCCUGUGCAACAGCAGAAGAAAAACAGUGAUUUGAAAAUACUGCAGUAGGAAUGACUGCUCAUAACAAGAUUAACGGAUGAAUAAUCACAGAAGAAAAAAAGAGACUCGGCUCCGCUGCUCCAGACUUUCCUAUUGAUCAUCUGUUGUGAAUUUAAAGUAUGGACUUGAUAAAAAGAAAAAAACAGAACAUUUUAUAUGUACUUAUGGUGUUUUUAAUUAUUUUGAAAAGGAAAAAAGUGCAGGAAGGAAAUCAAGAUGCAGAUGUAUUCAGUUAAUUUUAUUCAUUUCAGAAAUUCAACUUCAUGUGUAUGCUCUUCCCUUUACUGUUACACUGAGGAUCGAUCAAUGUGAAUGAAAUACAACGAUACAGUGAUUUUUGUUUAAAUGUUUGGAACAGUAAGGUGUGGGUGCCCUCUGCGUUGACUUUAGAGAUUUAAACAACCAACAAGUGGGCAAAGCACAAACAGACUUAAAGCUAAUUUGGAAAACGUUUGCAAGAAGCCAUUUUGAGACGAGGUGGAAAACGAACCUGCCACCAGACAAAUGCUGUUUGUCACCUUUAAAAGCCACUUUGGAGGGAAAAAACCCAACUAAAAUUCAAAGGAUUUUACUUUGAAAACAGGUGCUAAGAUUCAGGAAAAAAAAGGUUCUCUGUUCUCUCCUGCUGAAAUACCCAGCGACAUACGAGCUUUUUAGAUCUGUGGUGCAUAUUUUGUUUUAUGAGGAACAUUUGUGGUGGAAAUUUACAGUUUAGAGGGAAAAAACAACAACAACAUUGGAAUGAAAUAAACACACCAGCUUUGACAACACUACUUACUGUAAGGGGAAAGGGAAUACAGUGUAAAAGCUUUAAUUUUUAACACGACAGUUUCAUUCAAGGAAUCGCUUUCAGGUCUGUUAAAUGGUCAAAGAAGGGAUUAGUUUUUACAUAAGAAACUGUCCCCGGUCAGAUGAAAUGAUGCAGUGAUGGGGUCUGGUUCAUUGUAGAUAUCCUGGAAAUGUUUUUAAUGGUGAAAUAAAAAUAUUUUAUGUUUUAAUAUA